GACCGACUUUUCUCUCUCUCUAGCUUUCUCUCUCUAGUUUUUUUCAAUACGGAGUUUCUUCAAAACCCGAGUCGAAGAGAGAGAGAGAGAGAGAGAGUGGAUUGUAGACGAAGGGAGCAGCACCGCAGCAAUGGCUGGUGACCUUUUUCAGGAUUUGCCGCCUCCGGUUGCAGUACAAUCUCAACAAAUUGUUCAGUCCUCUGUCAAAAUUACAACUCCAGAAUCUUCGUCGAAACCACCACCUCCUCCUGCUCCUGCACUAAAGAGCGCCCUCAAACGUCCCAAGCCUCGACCCGAGUCUCAGCCUCAAGCUCCUCCCGAAAAACGUUUGAGGUUUAAGACCACUACAGAUGCCUCGGAGAAACAAGUAAUCGAGGCCAUGCAGAAAAUAACUUCACACAUAAAGAAUCCAUCAAAGUUCAGUAAGGCAUCGAAGCUUGCAAUUCAGCUGAUUCAAGCUGGCAGUGUCAAAGAAACGACCAGCGAUUAUUUCUUUGCGGUACUCGAAGCUGCAAUGUCGUCCUUAACUAGUUGCAACGAGCCCUCAUUACGCGCUGACUACCAUGCACUGUUCUCGGCCGCUCAAGAUGUAGCUCAGCUCCUAAGCAAGAAGCAGCAGAAUCUGUUUAGUACAUGGACAAUUAGGGCUGUUUGGGCAAAUGAUCUGUUCACAGAUGACGGCUUUGUGUUUUCAAAAGCAACUGGGAGAAUAAAAGAGGACAUAUCUGCCCUUCCUCUUGCAACUAAAGACGAUGAUAUGGAAGAAGCCAUUGCUCUCAAAGACGAGACUAAAGAAACUGAGGAACCAUCUCCUAUUACUUCUGAAGAGCCCGAUCCGUUUGGACUCGAUGCCCUGAUAGCAAAAGGAAACAAAGAGUCAUUAUUCAAUAGCAAAAAAGACGACGAACAAGAAAAUAGGAGAUUGCUCAAGUCAAAAAGAGAAGCAUUAAUUUCCUGUUUAGAUUUUGCUGCCAAGAGAUACAAUAUGCCAUGGUGCCAAACGGCGAUUGACAUCUUAGCAAAGCACGCAUUUGAAAACAUAUCGAGAUUCACAGCCCUACAAAGGGGUGCAAUUGAGAAGCUUUGGGCUUCGAUCAAGGAGCAGCAAACUCGGAGGAAGCAAGGUAAGUCUGUUUCUGGUAAGCUUGAUGUGAACGGUUUUGAGUGGCUACAGCAAAAGUAUUCGACUGAAAAGAUCAGCAUUCGUCGGUCUGUUGGUGGCAAUGGAGAUCGACAAUGUCAGCAGUGGCUCGGAUGAUGUCAUCUUUCUUAAAAAAAAAAAUUCGAGUAUUGGAACUGUAUAAGAAAUUAGAAGAGUUGGGUGUAUGUAUUAUCUUUAAUCUUUUAACGCUGCAAUUCGAACAAAAAUCGUGUAAAAUUGGAUUUUCGUCUUGAAUCCAUAUUCUAAAUCCUUAAUUCAUGUGCUCCAUUUGCUAUUA